CAGAAAGAUCCAUCCUGUUUCUAUGGUUACGUAUAUUUUCGACAAGUCCGGGACAAGACUUUAAAAAGAGGAUAUUUUCAAAAGUCCUUAGUUCUGAUCAGCAAACUGCCAUACAUCAAUUUCUUUCACACCGUGGUUAAACAGAUCGCUCCUGAAUAUUUUGAAAGAAGUGACCCUUGCUUGGAAGCAGCUUGCAGUGAUAUAGACCGAUGGCCCCCUCCUGUACCAGGGAAAGACUUUGCAUCUGCCAAUCAUGGGACUCGUCAUAAAGGUGCGAAUACCAACAAGACAUGACAAGCCAGGGACAACACAAAUGGUGGAGAUGACUCAACAGACAGAUGCACAAAUUUCUGUGGCAUUACCGACAAUCCAUGAAGUUGAUCUGUUCAGGUGCUUUUUUCCCCAGUCUUCUUCCACAUCCAGCUGUUAUGGGAAUUGGUGUUUACUGGGA